AUGCAAGUUGCCUGGCGCGAACGAGAUAGCGCAUCACGAAUAAAUGCUGCUCGUGAAGCUUUACACAUAAAUCCGACGUGUGCACCAGCUCUUAUCCUGUUAGCAGAAGAGCAAUGCGAGACGAUAACCGAAGCAGAAGUCAUGCUGAGACGCGCGUUGAAAGCAGUUGACAGCAGUCUUGGCCAGUCGCAGUCUGGGCAGAUAGUUCCACAUGAACGCUCUGGAGAUAUGUAUCGUCAAGGGCGACGCCGUGAUUUUCACAUGCAAAUAUACAUUCGACGUCGACUUGCUAUGUGUGCACGGAAGCAGGGACGAGUGCGUGAAGCUAUCAAAACCUUCAAGGAUAUUAUUAGGGAUGGCUCCAUGAGUAACAUACUAGGCGUUCAAGAGAAUCUCAUCGAAGCUUGUUUGGAAAUGCAAGCGUACGCCGAUGUGCAAGCUCUUCUUGUUCGCUAUGAUGGUUUUGAUCUACGGGAACCAAGAUCUGCGGUGCUGAGCUACACAUCUGCACUUCUGAAAGCACGGGCUGUUGCUGACAAAUUUGUUGCGGAUAUUUCGACAAGGCGAGGUCUGUCAUCGGCAGAGGCAACAGCAAUUGAAGCUAUAACUAGAGCGAUAGAGUUCAAUCCCCAUGUGCCUCUUUACUUGCUUGAAUUACGCCCCAUGAUUCUUCCUCCGGAACAUUAUUUGAAACGUGGAGAUUCGGAAGCUAUUGCUUACGCUUUCUUUCACAUACAACACUGGAAGCGGAUUGAUGGUGCUCUUCAGCUUUUGCAGUAUACGUGGAAAGGAGAUUUUGCGUCACGGUUUUCAAUGAGUGGAUAUUGCUAUCCAUAUUCACCACAACUUGAGUCGGCUGACAGAGAGCUCCUCCCU